AUGGGAAGGCCUUUGAGCACGUAUGUGGUCGGCGCAUUUGUCUUGUCCGCGUUGGAGAUUUAUUGCUGCUUCAUUCCGAAAGACGACUGCGACUUCGACCCCGAAAAGGAAGCGAUUGUAACUCAUUCGAUGUGGUUGAGUAUACAAAUUGGUUUCGCCGUGUUGAAUUUGAUUUUCGCACCAUACAUGCAAGCGAAAGUGUGGAAGACAUUGAUGCAAGAGAUCAAGGAAAAGCCGCAGUAUGCUGCUUCAGGGAAACAGGUGGUUCCGAAGGCCGAAGUCCAGGAUGCGUUUAAGAAAGUCUUCUGCGAAGACUUCGGCGUGCUGUUUUACUUCUUCGCGUCUAUCAUGUCUCUUGUUUGGUGCUACAAGGGAAUGUACAAGUGGGGCGACGACCUCGAGCCUGACUGCAGCCUCGUCGCUGCGGCGAGCCUGGGCCAGGCCCUCGUCGCGCUGGCGUUCGUAUACACUUUCUGCUGGUACUGCUGUCCCUGCUGCGCGAAGGCCAUCGAGCUGGAACAGCAGGCCGACCACCACUACGACCGCGUCAGGACCGGCGAGGGCGACAGCGACUGA